AAUCACCCCGCCUCCAAAAUCUAACAAACAUACAAAACCACCUUAAACCCUAUCCGUCUUUUCCCUCUUUCCCUCCUUCUGCCAUUCAGAAAGAGGAAUUUCGUCGCCAUUAAACCUUCAAUCUCUCUCCUCCAUUUUUGUAUCUCCUUCAUUUUCUCUUUCCUCCAAUUUUAAUGCCUUCAUUACCAAUGAUGAUCGAUUCCGUUACCCCAGAAACCCUAAAAAAGGAGAAGAAGAUAAAGUCUGAAACCCUAGAUUCCGACACUACCAAGAAGGAGAAGAGCAGCAGUAAGAAGGAGAAGAGUAGCAGCAAGAAGGAGAAGAGUAGCAGUAAGAAGGAUAAAGAUGAGAAGAAGAAGAAACGUAAAGCUGUUGAUUUAGAUGAUUUAUCUGAUAAAAGUGAUACUAGCUCUGAAUUAGUUCAGGCGGUUGAUUUAAACCCUAAAAAAGCUAAAAUAAUGGAGGUUGUUGAUGAUGAUGAAAUUGAAAACCCUUAUUCUCUUUCGAAUUUUCGGCUUUCGAAACCGUUGAAGGAUGCUUUGAUUUCGAAAGGGAUUAAGGCGUUGUUUCCCAUUCAAGCUAUGACAUUCAAUGAUGUUUUUGAUGGGUGUGAUUUGGUCGGUCGUGCUCGUACUGGUCAGGGUAAGACACUUGCUUUUGUAUUGCCAAUAGUAGAGUCUUUAGUGAAUGGGCGCACCAAAGCUUUAAGGAAAACUGGCCAUGGAAGGCUACCAAGCGUCUUGGUUCUCCUACCUACCAGGGAAUUGGCAACUCAGGUGCUAGCUGAUUUUCAAGUUUAUGGAGGCGCCGUAGGGCUCUCGGCUUGCAGUGUAUACGGGGGAGCACCCUUUCAUUCUCAGAUUAGCAGCUUAAAUAGAGGUGUUGAUAUUGUUGUGGGGACACCUGGUCGUGUAAAGGAUCUUUUAGAGAAGGGUGUUCUUAAACUUGGUUCACUGCUAUUCCGUGUCCUUGACGAGGCUGAUGAGAUGUUGAAAAUGGGUUUCAUGGAUGAUGUUAAACUAAUAUUGGAAAAAGUUGAUGACUUUAACAAAGUUCAGACACUUCUUUUUAGUGCUACCUUACCCAACUGGGUCAAAGAGAUUUCUCGAACAUUUCUCAAGCCUGCUAAGAAAACCAUAGAUCUGGUAAGUGAUCAGAAAAUGAAGGCCAGCACCAGUGUUAGGCACAUUGUUAUACCAUGCUCUUCCUCUGCAAUGGCUGAUCUCAUCCCAGAUAUAAUACGGUGCUAUGCUAGUGGAGGUCGUUCAAUUGUUUUUACGGAGACAAAAGAAUUUGCUUCUCGACUUUCCGGGUUGUUGACUGGAGCGCGGCCUUUGCAUGGAGAUAUACAACAAACACAACGAGAGGUCACCCUUAAAGGAUUCAGAUCAGGAAAAUUUAUGACACUUGUAGCAACAAAUGUAGCAGCAAGAGGUCUUGAUAUUAAUGAUGUGCAGCUAAUCAUCCAAUGUGAACCUCCACGCGAUGUUGAAGCCUACAUCCAUCGUUCUGGCCGGACAGGCAGGGCUGGUAAUACGGGGAUUGCUGUGAUGCUUUAUGAUCCAAAGAAAGCCAGUGUCAAUAAAAUAGAAAGAGAUUCUGGUGUUAAAUUUGAGCAUUUAUCUGCCCCCCAGCCUGCUGAUGUUGCCAAAGCAGUUGGUGUUGAGACAGCAGAGGCUAUCACCCAAAUAUCCAACAGUGUUAUUCCUUCUUUCAAGGAUGCUGCCGAGGAGCUUUUGAGUACAUCUGGUCUAUCUGCUGUGGAAAUAAUUGCAAAAGCACUUGCCAAGGCGGCUGGUUACUCGGAUAUAAAGGAAAGAUCACUUCUUACAGGCAUGGAGGGUUGUGUAACUUUACUUCUUGAAGUAGGUGGGAAAGAGAUUUAUAAUCCAACCUUUGUCUAUACUAUGUUGAAGAGGUUCUUGCCCGAGCAGAAAGCAAACGAAGUGAUGGGUGUGGCCCUCACUGCUGAUAAGCGAGGGGCUGUUUUUGAUGUCCAAGCUGAUGAUUUGGAAACUUUUCUUGUUGGCUCAGAAAGUGCUACAGGGGUGAGCUUGGAUGUGGUUAAAACCUUGCCUCCAUUGGAGGAAAGAGAUAUGUUUAGAGGAAGACAAGGCUAUGGAGGUGGUUCUAGAUUCGGUGGAAGAGGUGGCCGUGGCGGCGGAUAUUCAGAUAGAAGGUACAGCUCUAAUGGGUAUGGUGGUGGAAGAGGGAGAGGUCGUCGUUAAGUGUAGAAUACAAAAAUAUCAAGAGAGGAUUCUCAUCUCAUCGUGCACAAAGGUGCAAAAAGUUUUGAUGACGAAAAGCAUGUGUUGUAUUUUUUUUUUCUUUUCUAUUUUCAUUUUGAAUUUAUUAAUAUUCUUAAUUUUUCUUUUUGAGAUCUCAUUUUUGGGGUGAUAAAAAUACAUAACCUGAUUAAUUGGAAACUCUAGUUAAGCAAUGCAUUUACAUGGGUCAAUACCUAAAUACACAAUUAAUCGCAAAUUUUAUUGUAUCA